GGAACUCUCGCGAUGGAGCGAGGCGGAGGUGCGCCCCCAGAAACACUUAGAGAAGAAGGCCAGUUGGGAUGUGUGCCGCCUCCAGGUCUUGAAGCCAGCUGUGUGAAGAAGAGCAGUUGGGGGUUCUUAUUUACCGGGAUCGUUGGUGGGACGCUGGUGGCCGUGUAUGCUGUGGCCACACCCUUUAUAACACCAGCCCUCCGAAGAAUUUGUUUGCCUUUUGUUCCCGCAACUACAAAGCAGAUCGAAAAUGUUGUGAAAAUGUUGCGAGGCAGAAGAGGAUCCGUGGUAGACGUCGGCAGCGGCGACGGACGGAUUGUGAUCGCGGCUGCAAAGGAAGGAUUCGCGGCUGCUGGUUAUGAAUUGAACCCGUGGCUAGUCUGGUACUCCAGAUACCGCGCUUGGCGAGAGGGGGUGCAGGGCUCGGCCAAGUUUUAUAUUUCAGACUUGUGGAAGGUUUCUUUUUCGCAGUACUCCAACGUUGUUAUCUUUGGCGUGCCUCAGAUGAUGCCGCAGUUGGAGAAGAAACUGGAGCUCGAGCUCGAGGAUAACGCUAGGGUCAUUGCUUGCCGGUUCCCUUUCCCGCACUGGACCCCGGACCAGGUCACCGGCGAGGGGAUAGACACCGUGUGGGCAUACGACAUGAGCACUUUCAGAGGGAGGGAGACGAGGCCCUGAAGGUCGAUGCGUUUCCAGCUGGUCAUUCAAAUUAAACUGUAUUAUUAUUUUUUAUACAUAAAUUUUAUUGAGAGUGUUUGCUGAAGUGUUGGUGGUCUUUGAUUUUAUAGAGACCUACAGCGAUGUCUUCAGCAUACAGUAUAUUUUUCUUUGGUAUGGAAUGAGAAAUUACUGUUACUUUCUGUGACUUUUGGAGGAAACAAAAGUUAAGAACAGCAGGUAGAUUUAAAAUCCCCUUCUGUUAUAAUCUAAAAAAGGAGUGACUACCUUUUCAUGCACUUAGAUGUAUGAAAACGUGAAUAAGUGACGGUCAUGUUGAUGGGUGGGAAAAAUGUCAACAGCUCUUCACAUUGUAAAGAGUAUGAUUAAAUGCCAUAGAUGAGAAGAAACACUUUUUAAAGAGAGUAUGUGUUAGUAAAUGUUUGCAGUUUCCUAGAGCUUUAUUCAUACUUAAGAUUUCUCUUUCUUUUCUGUACUUCCUGGCAAGAUUGAUUUGUUAAAGGACUUGGAGAGUCAUUCAUAUUUUAUAACGUAUAUUAUGAAUAAUUUGUUCCAAGGC